AAACCGCAUGCGCAGUGCUUCUUUCACAUCUGGAAAUUUGAACACGGCUGGGUGACGGACUAACCUACUAUCUACCCCAGGGUCGAUCCAGAGUCUCGGGACUGAAACGGGGAGUACUGUUUCCAGGGCGGUUUCACAUUUUCUAAUUGCAUGGAUCCAAGAAUUGCUUGGUAUCCACCGGAACAUCUGGGACAUGCACAUGAUCUAUGGACGAGAGUCUGGGAAGCUCAGAUAGGCGUGGACAACAUGUAUUUGGGACCGGACCAGAAAGAUUUCAUUCCUUUGGAUGGGGGUAAUUUCGACAACCCCAACAUAAAUAACAAAAAGAACAGUGAUGUAAAUAACCAUCAUCACCCACAGAAAAGGAAAAGAGAGAACCGGGCGAGUACGUACGGUUUAAAUCACUCUACUUACAAGCACCUAUUGGGUGAAGAUGGCGGCCUCACCCCCUGGAAACCCAAGGACAAAAAUUACGGCUCCGGAGUUAUUAUUGGUCUACACAAUGAGAUAAAGGACUUCUUCCACUACAUGUCCCCACGCCCUGAGGAAGAGCGGAUGAGACAGGAAGUGGUCGACCGAAUCAGGGGAGUCAUACACGGACUCUGGAAAGAUGCCAAGGUGGAGAUCUUUGGGAGUUUUAAGACUGGUCUAUAUCUCCCAACAAGCGACAUUGACAUGGUAGUGACGGGCGAGUGGGAGUCAAUGCCGUUGUGGACGUUGCACUCAAAACUUGUCGAGAAGGGAAUUGCAGAUAUAACCAACAUCAAGGUGCUAGAUAAAGCCUCCGUCCCUAUAGUGAAACUGACUGACAAUGCCACAGAGGUGAAGGUUGACAUCAGCUUCAAUAUGGUUCAAAAUAAUGGCGUUGAAAGUGCUAAACUUAUCAAGGAAUACAUGGCCAAGUAUCCCAACCUCAAGUACCUGGUGCUAGUGCUCAAACAGUUCCUGCUACAGCGAGACCUCAAUGAGGUGUUCACUGGCGGGAUCAGCUCCUACAGCCUCACUCUGCUCACUGUCAGCUUCUUACAGCUGCACCCCAGAAUAGAUGCUCAGCUGCCUGAGGCCAAUCUUGGAGUUCUUUUGAUUGAAUUUUUCGAAAUGUAUGGACGAAAUUUCAAUUACCUGAAAACUGGGAUACGAGUGAAGAAUGGUGGUGAAUAUGUCCCCAAAGAAGAAAUAAUCCGAGAAAUGGAAAAUGGCUACCGUCCAUCCCUACUGUGCAUUGAAGAUCCUUUGACCAAAGGAAAUGACAUUGGCCGCAGUUCAUACGGAGCAAUGCAGGUGAAACAAGCCUUUGAGUAUGCAUAUCUGGUGCUCAGUCAUGUCUGUGUCCCCCAAAAUGCAUAUCUUGUCCGUACUGGAAACCAGAGCAUACUCGGUCGUAUCGUGCGUGUGACGGACGAGGUCGUUGAGUACAGAGCCUGGGUUCAGGAGAACUUCCACUGUCAGGAGGUUGCCCCGUGUAAUCUCAACCCGACAUAUGCUAGCGUUGUAGCUCCUCAGAUACCCCAGUUCAGCAUACAACAACGUAACAACAGCAAUAACAAUAGCAACAACAACACAGCGUUUCUACACAAAUCUAGUCUUGAGCAACAGUCAACGGGUGACAGUGAGAACUCUGACUACUCCGGGAACAGCUCUGGCUACAAGUCCUCUGCUAGCUCCAACGCUGUAAGCUCAGCCUCCAGCACGACCAGUGACACAGAUUCGGAUACAAACCCUGAUUCUCAAGUCCCUGUUGUGCGUGGCGGAGCUGUUAAGCCGGGACGUGCAAGUUCUGUGCCUAUGCCUAAUCGCGAGUUCAGAAGCCGGGACUAUCACAAACACAACACCCCCUUAUCAAGAGACGCUAGUAACAGUAGCGUGUCCUCCACACGCUCACUCACCUACCCUCAUAGGUCACCCUCAGUGUCGAGUAACAGUAACUAUCAUGCCCCCUCGGGGGGAACAGACAUGCAACAUGGUCGUGAACGGCAUCACAGUGGGGCCUCGUCAGGCCAAGGCAAGACAUAUCGGAACCAGCAUGUUACCAGCAAGGUCUUCAGGCCCAGUGGGGGGAAACGCCGGAAAAACAACAGCAAUCGCAGAGACAAUCCCUCCAAUUCUGGGAAUAAUCACAGAUGAUAGUUGAUAAAUGUGCUACUGACUGAGUGGGAACUUCACCAGUGAAUGUGUGCUAUGCUGCAUGUGUGGAGCCUUCUGAUUGGUUGGAUCCUAUUCACUGUCUCUGUGCAUUUGCGACAUUGUAUAUUUUGUAUAUUUUUUAUGAUGUGUGAGUGAGAUCCGUGGGAUGGCUGCCUGCCUGCCAACCUACCCUGUGUGAGUGCCUGUUCGUGUGGAGACGUGCUUACAGUGCGUUGAUGUAAAUACUCUGACAUGGGAACUGUGAUCUACUGUACCAACAGCAAUGGCAGCCCAAGGUUUGUCCGAUUAGACCUGCAAUGCUGGAAUCUCAUUGGCUGGCAAUUCAUUGCCCUCUUGUGAUUGUAAUUGCAAACCUUGGCUUUUUGAAUUGGUGCACUUUAUCUUUACUUCUGUCCUAUCUCGUCAGUGCCAACGUUGACCAACAUAAUGAUUUAGAUGCUGUUUGACUGUUUGUUUCCGCUUUCUAGUCUGGUUGCAGACUUAACAAAAUGUCAAGUCUCUGUUUGAUAUUACUGCACUGUAACCAUGGAAACAGUACAGCAUCCUGACAGAAACACUUCUGAAAAAUCAUGGAUCUUAUGGUGUUCUUUUAUUGAAGAUUGACAUGUAUCGUCAGAAGUGUGUGUUAAUACAGUAUGUCCAUUCGGAUCUGAAUUUGGCAAGAGCAUUUUCGUUUGGUGUUACAGGUAGGCUCACACUUGGGUCUCUGGUUUGUGAAUCCAAAAGAUGAAAUCUAGCCAAUAUUUGAGAAAACGUAUCUUUCUGAUUGUUAUCAGUACAAAAGUUUAUUACACCAUUUUUAAAUCACUGAUUAAUUAAGAUUUUUUUAUACAGUUAAAAUUAGCUUUGAUAAUGACAUUCCCUCUGUGAUCUCAAUUUUGACACAUCUAUUUUUCCCAUAUCUAUUAAAUUUUCUAGUUGAAUUCAACAAUAUAUGAUAAAUGAAUAAUUAUGUUUUGAUAAGUGCAGAGAUCAGAUCAGUUACAAAUGUUUAGACAAGACUAUUGAGGAAAUGUCAAUGACUACUUGAUAACAGUACUUUCUCUGCUGUUACAGUGUUCAGUGUAGCAACAUAGUAUUACUAUUCACUUUGGUUGCAUAUUUGAAGGAGAAUAAUUUAUUACACACAAAAUAUAUAGGUCACAGAUGAACCUAAUCAAAACUGUAUGAAUCGGAUAAGCCUGCUAAGAAAAGAAAACAUAAUCAGGAAUACAUAGUUUACCUUAUGUUUUAUUUCAUCAAGAUCAGUUUCAAUCGUCUUGGAACGGUUGAGUUGACUAAAAAUGAUUAAAAAAAAAAGCAGAUCUGUUAUUUCAAUUUUAAAAAAUCAUUUUUGUUCAUUGUUUUGUUUGUAAUGUCUAUGUUAAGAAAAUAAUCCAUCAGUGUUUUAGUUUCUUUCUGGGGCUAUAAUGAAGUACAGUUGUGCACUGAAUUUUUUUAUUUUUUUUUGGUUGUCCGUAUUUCACCAUGUUUGCAGUUCUGGUUAUUAUUAUAUAUGAUAGAAAACCAAAAAUCAUAAUCUUGAAAAUGAUGUCAGUUCCUCUUUUUACCUGUUAAUCUGAUUGAUGCACACAUGGUGUAUAACAUUACAUAUCACGCUCUAGUUCUUUGUGGACUUGAGCUUAGCCAGUAAGAGUUCAUCAAAUUAUUGUAUUUGUAAUAUAUUUCCACAUGAUUGAUUAAAUAACCAAAGAAAAUUCAUUAAUACUACAAGCCCUUUCUCUUUCAGAAGUAUGUACAACAUUGUUUAGAUGUUUUAUCAAGUGUAGACCCUCCUUUGUAGGGUUCACUGACAAGCUGUGUUGAUUGAGCCUGUUGGGUUGGACCUUGGUAUUGACUUAAGGCAUCUCAACACUUACAAACUCAGCUACAAUCUUUUGUUACUUUGACUUAUAAUCAUAUUUGGUUUGAUCAUUUUCACAUGUAAAUAAUCUGGGUCCAUUGGUGUAUUUCUUGUUCACUUUUGACACUAAUGAGCUUUCAUCAUGCCGUAAAAUUGGUUUUAAGUUUAAUUCAAAGUACUGAAGCUUUCAAGUUCAUGCCUUGUGUGAAAUAAAUUGAGGAGACAGGUAAAAUGUUUCAAUUUCUUGAAUCGGAUGAUGAAUGGAAUUGAGAAAAUUGAUUUGCUUGUAGUGACUCUAUUUAUCUUGCAGGGUACAGCUUGCUUGUUCGGAAUCUUUCACUGUUGAUAAACGAUUUUAUUUCAGGAAUCUGUAUCCAGAUGUGUUGAUUUCCAUGGUAACUGUAAAGAAAUCCAAUCCAAUGUUAGUCUUGUCUUUAUUAUUUAUGUGUACUCUUCAAUUAAUUGAACAAGUAUAUUCUAUUUGCUCUAUUUGAGAAGAUUAUGCAUGUGUAUGAAUGGUUUUAAAUCAAAGGGAUUUACAAAUCACUACAUGAAUAUAUUCAAAUGGUUAUUCACAAGAAUAUCUUCAGGUGUCUUUAAAACUUACAUGUGAUUUGUCAUGAUUAUUUUGCCUUGUUGAAACAUAAUUAUGCUCUGUCCAUCUCGUCUAUCUAAACCCUGAACGCCCUUCCCCGGCCCCAAGCAGACUCCCCCUCGCCCACCCCCUCCACCCAUGCAGACUCCCCACCCCCUCCCCCUUCACCAUGCAGAUAAUCCCCCACCCCCACGCUGUGCCCUGGAUGAGUUAACUGCUAUGCAGUAUUGUAUAUGUUAUAUACAAAUGUACAAAGUAUCAUGCAUCUAGAUGUACAUAUUGUUGACAACCCAAAAAAAAAAUUGAAAAUGACACAAGUCACAAAAAAGCAUUUUAUGUACAUAUUAAAAAAAUGAUCUUGUGUUUUUGAAUGUUGAGAAGCAGUAUUUUCUCUGUCUAUUUCUGUCUUCACUCUGUCUAUUGUUUUGUCUUUCUAUCUGUUAGCUUCUGUCACCAAAAAAAGUUUUUUUAUGAUUUUAAUUUUGAUGAGAAUGUUGAUUUAUUUUAACAUGUUAUCCUAAACUAAACAACAGUAAGCCAGGUUAUGCUCACUGCUGUAAUCUUGUUUCAAAAUUGUAAUUGUGUAAUUGAUAUCAGCUUAUUCUGCCAGAUGUGUUUUUUGACGUUUAAAAAAAAUUAAAUUUAGAAUGGGUUAGAAAGGAAAAAAUUGGGUUUUUAUUUACUGUUUUAAAAUUAAUGUUCAUUGAAUUUUCCUGAUGUAUUUUGGGUGAAUGCAUGAACUUACAAGCAGGAAUUUAUUAAGCGAGGUUCUCUUUUAAUAAAGCAAAUUUUAUGUUAAUGGUUAAUUAGGCCAGUUCAAUUUUGGUUGUUUUAGAGAUUUACUGCCAGUAUGUGAUUAAAUUAGUUAAAACAAAGUAAACUUAAAGCCAAGCUUGACUAAGGAACAAGAAUGUCCAGGCCUUAAGAACAAUUUGAUGCAUGGUAAAAUCUUUAAAUGAAAUGAAUUAACAUUCAGUCAAGAAUAAAUUCAACUAUAUAGGCUAUGUAUCUGUUGUAAGACUCUUCAAUGCUUUAAUGAAAAGCAGUGGGGAAAAUAGGAUCGUUCUUUUAUUAACCCGUUGAUCAAAUUUAGUGAUUUUUACUGAAAAAUGGCAUCAAAGGAUUGCUUUUUAUCUCUUCACUUGUUCAGUAUGUUUGAAUUCACAUGAAUUAGAUAGAACCAGACUUUCAGAAUACAUUUUAAAUAACACAAGGUAAUUAUAAGAGUCACAAGAUUUCUAUUUCAAGUGUAGAGUAAAAGUGUAGCAUUUUCAUUCACCAAUUCUCAAUCAUGAAAUGUAUUUUGUCAUUAGAAAUAUGGAAAUAGUAUAUUUAGCUUUCCAGUACUUGUGGUCAUGUGUAAUUUACGGUGUUGGAAAUUAAGCAUGGAAAUCAAGGGGUCCUUGUCAUAACCCUAACGUUAUAUGUUCAGAGGCUCCCAGAUUCAAAUAGAAUUCAGUAGAACACCCCAAGGACCCCAUGACCCCUCUUAAUUUUGAACACUGGGCUAAAAGUACAUGGAAUUAGGAUCAUACUGUACUAUAAGAUUGCCUAAUUUGACAAGGCUGCCCUGUCAUGGUACUGACAAGUAUUCUUUGUAUUGAAUCUGUAGAAAUGGCUAUAUAAAUCCAACUUAAAGAAAUAACUUGUUCUGUAGUCGAUCAUUUCAAGUACAGAUAUCCAGUAAAUAAAUUACAUGUUUUUCACAGUGGAGUACAGACUGUGACAGUUGUACGACUUUAGAGUAGGUGGAUUGAUUAUAAUCAGAAUUUAAUUGGCAUGGUGUAUUGUGACCAUGUAUGCACAUGCAGUCUCCUUAUGAGGGCUCUACACAGAUAUAGUGGUUGGUACAUAAUUGUUACAGUAAAUACAUUUUGGGUCCAAGAUUAAGUCCAUAGUGAGGGCCUCUGAACCAUUUUGCCAUUUCGGUCGGUGCUGCUGCGAUGCUCUUAGUCAGAUUGAUUGACAUCCGCUAUAUUUAUAUCUUUAUAAUUUGUUACAGAACUUGUGUAAUUGUCAUUAAAAAUGGCUAUUUGAAUCAUUGGAUUGAUUGGACCGGUUCCUAAAGAGUGAAUGUGGUAGCUCUAGCCAUUUGAUGUUUUGUACCUCAGAAGCAUAAAAAGUGCAAUAAAUAGAUCACUUAAGUUAAUCUGGUUUAAACCAACAGUACAGCCAUGUAGAUCAUUUAUGUAAAUUUUAAUUCAAUAAACAUUUCAUGCUGAUAAA